AUGUUGGACUCACUUGUCUCAGACGGCAAAUUCGACCUGCUUGAUUUGGAUACAAUCAUGAUAGAUGCGGUUAGAUAUGAUGAUGCGCAAUUCGCCGAGGCGCUUUUUUCCCAUGGACUACCCUUGCACCCUGAUUACGCUUUGGAAGCAGCGAAGUGGAAGGCAAAGAAUGUCCUUGAAGCGCUUUUUAAGAACGGCUGGAAUGUCAACAAGCCAAUAAGUGACGCACAGCCCCCGGGCCAGCUUCUAUUCCACGCGCUGGAUAGGGAAUCUGAAGUGUUUGAAGUCUUAACACUUCUUCUUAAGGAAGGUGCUCCAUUGAAUGCGACAAUGUAUCAGAAUCAUCCCUUCUCCUGGUCUCUUUACGCUUUUAUGGGACUUGGUACCAUUUUACACAAGGCGACAGAGCUUGGAAAGGUCGACGUUGUACGAUUCCUGGUUCAUGACGGGGUAGACUUGAGCAUUAAAGAUGCAAAUGGGGACACCGCUUUGGAUUGCGCCAGGAGACUAAGCAAACUUGAAGUUGUACAAUUGCUCGAGGACUCAAUCGGUCAUUAA